AUGCAUAUCAAAACGAUUACUAUCCAAGGCUUCAAAUCCUACAAAAAUCAUACAGUAACUGAUGAGUUUAGCCCACAUCACAACGUCGUAGUCGGACGUAAUGGCUCAGGCAAAAGUAACUUUUUCGCGGCAAUCAGAUUCGUCCUCAGUGAUGCUUACACUAAACUUAGCCGUGAAGAACGCCAAAGUCUUCUUCAUGAAGGCUCAGGUACAGCUGUAAUGAGUGCCUUUGUGGAAAUCUGCUUUGACAACUCAGAUAGAAGACUCCCAAUCAGCUCAGAUGAAGUCGUCAUCAGAAGAACAAUUGGCCUCAAAAAGGACGAAUAUUCCAUCGACCACAAAAGUGCAACUAAAAAUGAAGUCAUGGAUCUCCUUGAAAGUGGAGGCUUUUCCCGUGCAAACCCUUACUACAUUGUCCCUCAAGGUCGUAUCACCUCUCUCACAAAUGCCAAAGAUGAACAACGUCUUAAUCUUCUCAAAGAAGUCGCUGGAACACAAGUUUAUGACCAAAAACGUCAGGAAUCCUUAAAAGUCUUAGAAGAAACUGAAGGCCAACGUAAACGAAUCAAUGAUUCUCUUACCCUCAUCCGUGAACGCUUAGCAGAACUUGAAACUGAAAAGGAAGAACUUAGAGAUUACCAUGAAAAGGACCGCGAAAAACGCUCUUUAGAAUACAUUAUCCUAGACCGUGAACUUAAAGACAUCACUGCAACUAUUGAGCGCUUAGAAGAAGCAAGAUUUAGAAGUAAUGACCAAAAUGUACAAAGCUUAGAAGAAUUCACAGCUUAUGAUGAACGUAUCGCAGAGCUAGAAGAAUUCAUCUUUAACCUCAAAAACCAAAACCAACUCCUACUAUCCGAAAAAGACCAACUUACAUCAGACCUCAGCGAUAAAAUUAAAACAAAGGCUCAGAGAGAACUUGAAUACAGUCAAAUCACAGAGUCUGGUGAACAAUACAAAAAACAAUCAUCCUCUCUCCAAUCUGAAAUCAAAUCUCUACGCAAAACAAUCUCUGGGAAAACAGCCCAACUCAAUCAAAUCUCCCCACAAUUAGAAUCCCUUCUCCAACAAGAAAAUGACCUCCGCCAACAAGUUCAACGCUUGGAAUCAAACCAAACUUUUUUGCACUCAAAACAAGGCCGUAACCAUCGCUUCACCUCUAAAAAAGAGCGUGACAAUUGGCUCAAUAAUGAAAUCCAAGGCAUUGGUCAAAGUAUCACCACCAGUCAUGAAAUCCAAUCCACUUUACAAGCUGACUUGGAUGAACUUGAACAGAAACUAAACGAAACACACGAAAUUAUCCAACAAUCUCGUGAUACCGUCAUGCGCUCAACGGAAAGCACUCAACAAAGCGUAAAACUAAUCGAUGACACCGUCGCCCAGUGUGAAAAAUUAAAAGACGAGCGCAAAGUUCUUUGGAGAGACAUUCGCGCCCAAGAAGCUGAGGUGGAAAAACUCCAAAAAGCUUGUAACACCGCCCAGUCUAAUGCCUUUAGCACUCUUUCCCAUGCACAAAAGGAAGGCCUAAACGCUGUCAAUAGAAUUGUCAAAAAACUUAACCUAACUGGUGUUUAUGGUCCUUUAGCUGAACUCAUCUCAGUAACCCCCCAAUUUGAAGUGGCUGCCGAAGUCACCGCUGGUAAUAGUUUGUUCCAUAUUGUUGUGGAUAAUGAAGAUACUGCAACUACAAUUAUGCAAGAGCUUUACCGUGAAAAUAGUGGCCGUGCUACUUUUAUGCCCCUCAACCGACUUCAUCCUAAACGUAUCAAUUACCCAGAACAUGAACAUGUCUUGCCAUUGAUUAGCAACAUUACCUAUGCUGAGGAAAUUGAUAGUGCUGUCAGACAAGUCUUUGGCAAAACUGUUGUCACAAUGAACCUUGAUCUCGGUCUUCAAAUCUCCCAAGGGAACGACCUUAACGCCAUCACCAUGAGUGGUGAUCGUGUUAGUAACAAGGGUACCAUUACUGGUGGAUUUUAUGACACUCGCAAGUCCAGACUGGCUGCAUUCAUUGAGUACCAGCGUAUUAGGGAAGAGCUCGAAAAACAAGUCCAACACUUGAACGACCUCAAGGAUCAAAAUGAAACAAAAAGUCAGGAAAUUAAUAAAAUAAAUAACGACAUCAACUCAUACCGUGCAAGCCAUCAAAAACUCAUGUCGUCUCUUUCACCUCUUGACAGUCUUUUGCACUCCAAGGUUGUUGAAGAAGGACAAAUUAAGGAGCUCAUUUCAGAAAAGAAAAAAACCCUUCAAUCUACUGCCAGCUCUAUUGAAGCUCUUACAAAUAAUCAAGCCUCUCUCACAACUGAACUUAAUUCACCCUUUAACCAGGUUCUGUCGUCAGAAGAAAUCCAAACUCUUAAGAACCUUAGUUCUAUUCUCCCCCCACAACAAAAGAAACUUCAAGAAAUUUCCUUUGAACGUACACAAGUCGAACAAUCCAAAACUGAACUGGAAAUUGAAAUUACCCAAAACCUUCAAUCCCGAUUGGACCGUCUUGUGAGUAAACUAUCAUCUCUUCUCAAUAAGGGAGACGACUCGGCCGCUGCUGCAUCUGCGUCUAUUUCUGAAUCUAAACGCAUUUUGGAACAACUCAAAAAGGAAAUCAAAGCUACAAAAACAGAACUCACUAAGCUGGCAGAAAAAACCGAUGAAAAUAUUAAAGAAAUUACUGCAAAUGAAGGAGAACUACAGCAACUCAAAGAUUCGAGAAUCAAACUUGCACGUAGUAUUGAAAACCUCAACAAACAAGCUGAAAAACAUAUUUCUAAACGUUCUGUUCUUGUUCAGCGCCGUGACGAGGUUGUUAGCAAAAUCAGAGAAUUGGGUGUUCUCCCGCCUGAUGCAUUCACCCGCUACGAGUCUGUGGAUGCAGACACACUACUGAAAAAAUUCCAUCGAGUUUCCAAUGACUUGAAACGGUACGGUCACGUCAACAAAAAGGCAGUGGAACAGUAUAAUGAAUUCACUAAAAAUGAGGAAGGCUUGGAGCACCGUAAAGCGGAACUGGAGCAAUCACGGAAAUCAAUUGAAAGACUAAUCAAAACACUCGAUAUGCGUAAAGAUGAAGCUAUCGACCGAACUUUUAGACAAGUAUCCAAGUGCUUUUCGGAGAUUUUUGAAAAAUUAGUUCCUGCUGGUAAAGGUGAACUCGUCAUGCACCGCAAACGCGACGCCACUAAAGGCCGUGGCCGUGGCCGUGGCCGUGGCCGCCACAGUGACGAUGCCGCUAACGAAGAAGAAGAAGAAGAAGAAGAAGACGAAGAAGACGAAGACGGAGAUGUGGACAUGGACAAUACAGCAGUGACCGACGGAUCACGCAUUUUCUCAAUUGAGAGUUAUGUUGGUAUUGGUAUUAGCGUUUCAUUCAACAGUAAGGAAGAUGACCAACAACGGAUUGAGCAGCUGAGUGGUGGUCAGAAAUCGUUAUGUGCUCUUACUCUUAUUUUUGCUAUUCAAAUGAGUGACCCUGCUCCCUUUUAUCUUUUUGAUGAAAUCGAUGCAAACCUCGAUACACAGUACCGGACAGCCGUGGCCGCCAUGAUUCGUGAACAAGCCCGCUCUGCACAAUUUAUCUGCACAACGUUCCGUACGGAAAUGAUCCAUGUUGCAGAUCAGUUCUACGGUGUCAGUUUCCAAAACAAAAUGUCGUCAAUCGCAUCCAUUACCCAGGAUGAUGCCCUUACUUUUGUGGAAGGCCAGCAACGUCCUUGA